UUAUGAUUUUGAUUAAAAUAGAUCUUUUGAAAUAAUAAAAUUAAUAAUUUUUUAUUGCACUCUGAUUCAAAUCAAUUUUUUCCAUUUUUAUCAAAAUUUUAAUAAAAAUAAAUUAAUAAUUUGCAAAAAUAUAUUCAAUAUAUAUGCUUCUCUUAUUUCUUUGUCAUAAUUUUGUAUAUUUUAUUAUGCAUUAAUGACUAGUUUUAAAGUGAGUGAGUGAAUUUUUGAUAAAAUUGCUCCAAUAAAAAAACUAAGCACUAUAGAAUGUCUUUCCCAAAUAAAGAAGAUCGUUUGAAUUGUUGGAGUCGCAGGGACAAAUAUUGGCAAUGUUUGGAUGAAGGCAAAUCUCAAGUAGAGUGUAUAGAAUUUAGGAAACAAUAUGAAAAAUUUUGUCCGUCUCAAUGGGUGAAACACUUUGAUCGUAAGAGAGAUUACUUGAAGUUCAAAGAGCAAAUAGAGAAGGGGGGGUAUGUUCCUGAAGAGCCAAAGGAAACAUAAGAUACUAAUCUAUUGAUUGUGUAUUCCAUUUAUAGCAAUUUACAAUUGAACUAUUAAUAUUAGCUGUUAAACAAUUAAUCUCAUACAUUAUUCACAUACAGAUGUUUUUUGACUUUACAUUGUUAUCUUUAUUCUAUUGGAUCAUAUAAUAAACAAGAUGCUUAAAAAUAACACAGGACAAUGGUUUUAUUAAGACAUUCUAUUAUCCUUAACCGGAUACGUUGCCUCGACGGUGGGACGCAAAGUUCGGAAAGAUCUGAUUUGCCGGAACAAUUCGAUAAGAAGAGCCAAGCAGUUCUCGGUUUACAAGCGACGAAUAAAGAUUUACACUAAACUAAAAAUAUUUUAAUAUUACAGUCGAGAGAGAGAGAGAGAAAGAGAGAGAUUAUAAAAUAAAAGUCUUAUGAGGAAGAUAAAUCGUAAACUAUUGUCGCGCGUUAUUUUUACUUUACGAAAUAAAGGGGACACUCCUUAAAUGCUAAAACAUGAAACUGGACGAUGCGUUCAACGAAUUACAAAAUUGUCAAGAUGAUGUACCGAUUUUUCGAAAAUUGAUAAGCACUGUAUCCUCGCAUGAUCCCUGUGCGGGCGGAAAUGUGAAAGAAUGCCAGAAGAUUUUGACGUAUAUUAUGGAGAUGAUUAGUAGUAAUUCCGAAUUAGGAAACGAGCGUAUCCUGUUAGCGUGUCACACGUUCUACGCUUUGCUUUCGAUGCAUUGUGAUUCGCGAUGUCUCAUCGUAAUGCAUUUUCAAAAACUGGAUUCCCAUGAUUUGUGCUUCCUCGAAAGGCGGUAUACCAUUUCCGAUCUUGAGCUGUUCAAGCUACUGAACGCCUAUGGAUAUCUGCAGGCGAUUCAGAAAGACAUGCAUUUUGAAUACGAUGCUCUUUUACUUAUGUUUGAUGUAAUAUACAGAAACUGUAUGAAAUACACGAGAUAUUCUUACUUCGCGUACAAAGUAUUAUAUGUAUGGUUGAAAAAGUUGAAGCAGACAUCCGAUUUGCGUUUUUGGCACAAAAACAAUUGUAUAGUAGAACGAAAAUUAGAGGCUAUCAUAUUUUCUAAUUGGUCAAAUGCGCUUAAUGAUAUAUGCAAGCAAAAUGCACAAAUUUUCAAUAUAUAUCUUCGAAUAAUGUUACAAAAAUAUAAAGGACCAUUUAUCAAUGAUAUAUGGCGCAAUUGCAUUUUAUAUGUGCCGUGGCAAAACAAAAUAAAGUAUAUUAUCUUAAUGGAAAUUUGUCAAGUGUGGGAUUUAGGAUACUUUGCUAUGACAAAUCCACAAUAUUUAUCCGAGCUGUGCAUUAGUUUAACCAGAAAUUCUUUGCGCUAUAGCGGUACGAAACUUUACCUGGCAAUUUUAAGGAAACUCAGUGAGGAUGAAUGGAAGAAAUCGUUUGGAAAAGUUAUGAAAUUUAUUAUUAAUUUCUGGGAGUCGGGAAAACAUGAGGAUCACAAUGCUCUUCAAUCCUUGUUUAAAUACUGGCUCGAACCGACCAUAGAAAUGCACAGGAACGUCUUGCCGUUUUUAUGGGAAUUGUGUGGUGAUUUGCAAGGGUACUUUUUUCGUUCGCAUCUGCAAAGAGCAGCCGCUAAAUUACGCAUUGAACUGCCGAAAAUGGAUAAAAUUGAUCAUUACAUAAACGACAAAGAGGAAAUUGUACGAUUAAACGCUUUCGCUGUUCUUUGUUAUCGUGCUGUCAAUUUGAUCGACAUUGGAAACGACAUGGAUCCAUUUUUUCAAAUAAAACGUUUCCUAUGGUUUAACGCUAAUGCUGCAACGAUAUUUAUGAGAGAAGGGAUAAUAAAAUAUUUCAGAAUAUUGUGUUCGAAUAUUUUAAAAGUGAUUAGCAUUAAAGCCGCUGAUGUACAGUCCAUCUCUAAGUUCAUGAAAUGGCUGUACGAAUAUUUUUUGGAUUGCUUCGAAAUUGGUUCAUGUUACCAACGUAAGAUUCUCGCUUUAAAUUUGUAUAGGAUUCUGCUCUCUUUUACGAAUGGGAACUCGCACGAGAGCUGCACCCAUCACGGGGAAUGCCUUCGUUAUGUUACGGCGAUCGACAAACACUUGAAAACCACAAACAGUUGGAAGUUUACCGACAAAGACAAUUUGUUUCUGUUAUUGAGACUUGUAUUAGAUUCUGCUCUCGAUAUCAGGCAACUAGCUACUGGCCUUAUUUUGGAAUAUUUUGAAAAAGAUGUUUUAUCAGCCACGGAAAAGCGCAUACUCUAUAAUUGUGCAUGGGAGCACUGCAAUUCUUCCAAGUUCUAUAAAGUCGAAAGUGGAGCAGCUCUUAUAAAGAUAAUGGCACACUGGUUGCCCUUGAAUGAGAUUGAUAAAGAUGUGACUUCAACAUUUUCCCAUGAGUGUAAUAAUAUUCUCGCUUACUCGAGUUACUCAGAAUUUCUAUUGUAUGAAGCUCGAUAUCAAUUGGCACAGAUGAAAAGCGAUAUUUUGAAAGCUAUUGCCCAGAAUAGACCUUUUUAUGGUGUGCUGACCGCUUUGCUGUCAAUCGCUUUUCGUGCUGGCCCAGAGAAUUGGAUCUUAACAUCACAAUUUACAGAGGAAAUGCUAUACUUUUUGAAAGAUGCCAUCAACUUUUUUUUAUCUACAUUAUCUACGAAAGCAUCGGAUACAGUUUAUUCGUCCUCAUUUGCGGAAAUGGGAUUAGCUAUCGAUGAAAAAAUUAAGACCAGUGAAAUAGAGACUUCUAAUAAUUAUGAUGAAUUGCAAUUAUCGCCGGCACAUCAAGUACUUAUCUCGUGUAUCUGGAUGUCCUUAAAGGUAUCGUGUGAAAUCAUCAGUGAAAUCGGGAUGUUGAUGCAGUCGAAUUCACAAGUAAAAUAUUCCAUGGAUAUUAUUGUUACGGUACUAUUGAAGUGUCGGCACAAAGGCGUAGUGGAAUCUACUGGAGUGGCGAUUGCGAAUUUAGCCAGACGUUUAUAUGACCGAAAAGAAUACUCCGAGCUGCCGAGAACAUAUUUAGCCAGUUUGUUGGAGGAGGACGCGGGAAAAUCGUUGCACUUAACACGACGAGGUGCCGGAUUGUCGAUCAUGUUUCAUAGAUUGGUCGUCAGCGAUAAUCGGAGAGAUCGACCUACAGUCCAUUUCGCGGUGCGGAUGUUAUUACGCUCGCUAAAAAACUUUUCGAUGACGACUGUUAGAGAAGUAGAGCUCGGACAAGACUCACCGUGGGCGAAACGCUUGUACUUUUUGCGGAUGUUGGUCGCCGAUAAGGAGAUACACGCGCAAUUAGUCUCGUACAUGGAAGACAUUUGUUUAACGUGUUUUGAGUACAUGAAAUCCGAUGUUUGGACCGUAAGAAACGCAAGCUUGCAACUAUAUGGCGUAGUGGUGCCGAGAUUGGUGGGUCAGUGCUCCGAGAAAAGCUUGGACGGAGAGUUGAAUUUUGGCUACGAUUAUUCCGUUAAUCAUUUCGUUACGCAUUAUCCAACGCUGGCGAGUCGCGUGUACGCCCAGCUGCGAGACGUGUCAAUAAUACGUGGUACUUCAAACGCGGCGUUACGUUCUUAUUCAAGCGUCGCGCAUAUCCUCGUACUAUUAUCGAAAUUGUCGACGAGCGACUGCGAUCUCGUUGAUUAUCCCGCGGCGAUUGUAUUCAUAAAGAAAAUCAAACGUUUGUUGCUCAUCUCUUUUCUUGGUAAUCCGAUGAUAUAUAUCAGACAAUUAGCGGCUAAAGUAUAUACGGCUUUCACACCUGUCACGAAUAUAUUCUACCUUAAGAACGAUCGCAAACUUUCCCACGACACUAAUAUGUCGCAUGGAUACUUAUUAACUUAUAGAUAUUUAGGAAAAAAGGCCAUCGAUAAUACUGAAAAUUCCAUAUGGCAUAAGAUGGCAGACUAUGGUAGUGGACUAGAGUGGUGGAUUCCAACAAUAUCAGAAUUCGCAUCUCCUUGGAAAGAUCAAUACAUAUUAAUAUCACAGAUAUGGAAUUGUAUAUAUAAACAACAGGAAACUGCACAACCAUGUUAUAUGCUGGAAACAUUGUUUCUACAGGAAACACCUUUGUUAUCUUCGAAUAUGUUUUCCAAAAUGUCAUUAUUCUAUAAUUUACCGAUAAUUGAAUGUAUAGUAUCAUCGCAAAAGAUCCAACCAGGAUUUUUUCAAUUUGUUGGAUACUGGGCGCGACUGUACGCGAUACAUUAUGUUAAACCGAUUUGCACAAGCCUUGAUCUUGACCGAGAGAUCAUACACGAUAUUCUGAAUUCAAAUUGUACGGAACAAGGUAUCGAAUUCCUAAAUGGUUUAUCGCAUUGCGUUCCUUUACUAGAAUUUAUUCUCAAAUAUUUGAUAUCGAUGAGCAAUAAUCGUCACCAAUUAUUAUUCAAUGAAACAGUAACUUUCACAUUGAAUACUAUAAAGCAUGCUAGUUUGGAAAGUAACGAGCUAAAGUUUGACAAGAUAAUAGAAGAGUUUAAUGGGAUGACUGAUUCGAGUAUAAUUCGCGUGAGAAAUUCAUUGAUCUUAGCUUUUUCCAAGAGCGAGACGCUGAUAAAUCAAGUGCUGUCAUACGUUUUCAACGUAUGUAUGAAUGAAAAACAAUCCGUGAGAUUGACGGCGGCUGAAUACAUCGAGCUUGCGCUGCAUCGUCACGCAGAGUUGGGGAAUAGCAACAAAUUGACGAUUAUGCGAUGUUGCUUGAUUCUGCUGAAAGACGAAAUCGCCGAGAUACGCGAGAUCGUCUCGACCGCGUUGCAGAGGCAUGCAUUCCACGAACACGUCGAUUCCACGUACUAUCGAACGCAACACGAAGAGAUCGCGUACCAACAGCUCUUAUCGGACAUUAUUCGACUCGAAUCGAUUGCUGAUGAUGGUGUGGACUUUAUACAGCACUUCACAUGCGCUAUACACAGAGACGUCGAUUUUAGCGCGACGAUCAAGAAUCCGUUCAAUGACGAUAGUAUUUUUUAUAAAGAGGAAUCUAAAUUUUUAAAUAUUUGUUUUUUUCUUUAUGAUGCUUCGAGCGAUAAUCGCGGUAAUUGUUUCGAUGCCACAUACGCGAUACAAACGUGUAUCGACGAUGAUGCAUGUACGAGGUAUUUCAGGAAACUCCGAGAAAAAGCUGGUUUUAGAUACGAUGAUUUGCAAAUGAUCUUGUAUUUAAAAGAGACGGAUUAUCUAGCGCGGAAAAGAGAUGUUGUCGUACGACAGCGAGAGUUAUUCUCAACCAUCUGCGCUUCCCAUUUGAAACCAUAAAAUGUACAAUUAUAAAUGUAUACAAUUAUAUCAAUUCGGUUAUUUACAGUUUUAAGAUAAUGCAACUUCUGUGCAGAAAACUGAUCAGUUAAUAAUAUUUAUCUCAAAUCUGUAAAAAGAUCAUUGUGGUUUAUUAAAAUUGAUUUUCCACUUAGGUUCACUUGAUAUUAAUUUUUUACAUAUUAAGAACAGCGAUAUGUAACAGCAAAUUGUAGUUGCAACCAUCAAGAUAAUACCGAGUGAAACUAUAGUAUAGUAACAUUAACUGAUACAAGUUAUCUAAAAACGGACUUGCACGUUUUUCAUUUCACGGCUGCAAUUAUCGCAAAUUACUUCAUCAACGAACUGGCAUGUAUAAUUUGAUCAAGUUAAUAGAAGUAGGAAAUAAUAAGAAUGUGCCGAUAAUUAAUACAAGAUUAUUAUGGAUUCUCUACAUAAAAUUAUACGAUAAUGAAAGAUCUAGCUCAUAGAACAUAAUUAGAAAACUGAUUAUACGACGAAGUGUUUGAAGAAUUUUAUAUGUUAUAUAUCUUAAAUCUAUCGAUUAAUAGAUAACAUUAAUUAUAAUUACAUUGUAUCCUCGAAAGAAAAUAUAAGAAACAAAUAAUUUGUUGCAUAAUGCGUAAGACAUAUUUAAUUAAUUACAUGUGUACAGUUUACAGGUAGCCAAAUGUUCGAUACACACAUUCCAAGCAAUGUGUCUAAACAAAUAGACUUUAUCGAUCUUUAUACAUUUACAUU